AUGGCGUCAGAUAGAGUCUCUCAAGAAAAAGAUACGCUUUCGCCAAGAGAUGAAGAGGCAUUAUCCACUCACUCUACGACAACGCUAGGUCCAGUCUAUAACUUGGGCAUGAUCGGAGCCAUUAAAACAUCGGGAAAGGCUUGGCGGAUUCCGUUACUGACCAACGGCAAGAUGGUUUCAUACAAGGAUGACGCCCGCCCACAUGCGAUUGCUACACCUCGUCGGGUACCACUACCUUAUCAUGAGAAAGUAAAGAAGGAGUUGGACAGGAUGCUCUCGUUAGGAGUCAUUGAAGAAUCUACAGGCCCAACGGACUGGUCCUUGAAAAGAGAGCGAUAUGAGCUGCCCACUGAAGAUGAGCUGUUUGCUAAAGUACGGGGUGCAAAAUAUUUCUCCACAUUAGAUGCUUCCUCUGGGUUUUGGCAAGUUCCCCUGGCAGAGACAAGUUCUCAUCUAACGACGUUCAUGACACCACAUGGUCGUUAUCGCUUUACUCGGCUUCCCUUCGGACUCAAUUCGGGCCCGGAGGUAUUUCAUCGGGCUAUGUCUACAGUUUUAAAAGGCAUUGAAGGUGCUGAGUGUUAUAUCGAUGAUGUGCUCAUAUGGGCGGAUAGACAAGAGGUUCAUGAUGUAAGGUUAAACCAAGUUUUGGAAAGAUGUCGUGAGAGUGGAAUUCGUCUGAACGCAUCUAAGUCGGGAAUACAUCCUGAUAGAAGUCGACUGCAGGCUAUGCUGCCUAUGGAAGCUUCAAAGACACGAGGAGAAUUACGACAUUUCAACGUAACAGGGCCACUGCGGGAAUUGCUCAAGGAAGGCACUUAUUGGAUGUGGAGACCUGCUCAACAGAAAGCAUUCCAUGAACUUAAGCGAUUGCUGACAAAGGCGCCUGUAUUGGCAUAUUAUGAUCCGGAUGCUGUCACCAUCGCCUCCGCUGACGCUUCCUCGUACGAAAUGGGAGCGGUGCUUCUUCAAGUGCAACCAGACGGAAGGCGGGCGGCCAUUACUUAUGCUUCCCGAGCCUUACCAGAAAGUGAAAUGCGCUACGCGCAAAUAGAAAAGGAGGCAUUGGCCAUGACAUGGGGAUGCGAGCACUUUGGACAGUAUCUGUUAGGAAUGACGGAGCCUUUCUUAGUAGAGGCCGAUCACAAACCGUUAGUGAGUAUCAUGAAUGUGCAGGAUGUCAGCCAGUGUCCUCCCAGGCUGCAAAGGCUAGAAUUGUGGCUAGCACCCUUUUCCUUUCGGGUAGAAUACGUUUCAGGAAAGGCAACUCCGGCUUGUCGGUUUCAGACAUAUUAUUUGGGGAGUUUCGUGCUGCAACGCAGGAAGAUCAGCAGUUGUCCGUGGUACUCUCGUAUCUGCAGUCGUCUUGGCCAAAGGAGCGGCACAACGUUGGACAGGAAGCUCGUCCUUUUUGGGAUAUUCGCCACACGCUUAGCUGUGUCGAUGGCAUCAUUCUACGAGGUGAACAAAUUGUGGUUCCUAGCCCUCUUCGUCGAGCUGAAGUCAAGAGCCCACGAUUACGUGGUGGCCUGGAUUGGCAAAGAUUUAGAAGUCGCCGUGCUCCGCUGUGACUCAUGUGCUCGUUUUAGGCACCAACAACGUCGGGAACCAUUGCAGUCUACUCCGAUGCCUAAGCACCCCUGGCAACAAGUCGGCUCGGAUUUAUUCAAGAUGGACGGGAAAAAUUAUAUUCUGAUAGUGGAUUAUUAUUCUCGAUUCCCUGAACUGCGUCCUCUGUUGAAUUUACGUGCCAACGAUGUCAUCACGGCGUGCCAGGAAAUAUUUGCGUUUCAUGGUAAACCGGAACUGUUCGUUAGCGAUAAUGGUCCUCAGUAUGCCAACAUUUCAUUUACGAAAUUCGCAUCUCAGUACGGAUUCGAACAUGCGACAUCUUCACCGCAGUAUCCUCAAGGUAACGGGUUGGCCGAGCGCACUGUUCAGACCAUCAAGGGUCUGCUACAAAAAUCUAAGUACUCUGACAGUGAUUUUCAGCUGGCCUUAUUGGCGUAUCGCUCCACUCCUCACGAGACCACCGGAGUUUCACCAGCUCAUCUGUUGAUGGGGAGACGCCUGCGCACAAGACUGACCGCGUUGUCUUCAAAGCUAAGACCCGUUUUAGUGGAUGAGGGUCGUGUGGAAGAAGUCGACGCGGCGAACAAGCUCAAGCAGGCAACGCGUUACAACCGACGCAAUGGAGUUAAAGCGUUGGAUGCCUUAGAGCCAGGCGACUCGGUAUUAGUGUGGGAUCUACAAACGCGCACAUGGCGGAUUCCAAGAACCUUGGUGAAGCGUCUGAGUGAACGAUCAUACUGUGCGCCUCAACAGUGGCCGACAGUAUCAUCGGAAUCGUUUUCAAAUUCAAGGAAGACCUGUAGGCGUAAAUGA